CCGAAAACAGCUGGCAUCUGAAACAGCUUGGACUUGCUGGAGGUAACCCAGUCGACCUGCGAAUGGUGUGAACCAGGACCUGACCAAGAAGCGGGAGAGCACCAGGAUCCCUCCCUGGAAAAGACUGGUAAUCAUGGCUGCUAAGAAACUCAGAAGAGCGAGGUUGUCUCAGGAGCUGUGUGAAAGGCUGAGUCGCCAUCAGAUCACUACCUGUCAGGACUUUUUAUGUCGUUCCUUCUUGGAGCUAAUGAAAGUGACGGGACAGAGCUACUAUGGUGUGCAGAAGCUUCUUUGUAAAGUCAGCCGAGCUUGUGCUCCCAAAAUGCAGACAGCUUAUGAAAUGAAACUGAGGAAGUCUGUCAAUCCCUCUUCAGCCUUUUUAUCUACCACGCUGCAUAGUUUGGAUAAAGUCCUGCAUGGUGGAGUGCCCUGUGGAUCCCUCACAGAGAUAACUGGCCCACCAGGUUGUGGCAAAACUCAGUUUUGUAUUAUGGCAUGUGUUCUGGCUACACUGCCUGUAUGCAUGGGAGGACUGGAUGGGGCUGUUAUAUACAUUGACACAGAGUCUGCAUUCAGUGCUGAGAGGUUGAUUGAGAUAGCAGGAAACAGAUUCCCUGCUUAUUUUGACUCAGAAGAAAAGCUGUUCUGCAUGACCCGUAGCAUCCACCUGUAUCGAGAGCUGACCUGUGGCAGUGUACUGAAGAGGAUUACGUCUUUGGAAGAAGAAAUUAUUUCAAAGAAAGUUAAACUCAUAAUAGUUGACUCUAUUGCUUCAGUUGUCAGAAAGGAAUUUGAUACAAAACUCCAAGGCAAUCUGAUAGAGAGAAGCAACUUUUUGGCUAGAGGAGCAUCAGUGUUGAAGUAUUUGGCGGAGGAGUUCUCAAUACCAGUUAUCUUGACGAAUCAGAUUACCACAUCGUUGAGCAAUGGCCUUGUGAUCCAGGCAGACCUGGUGUCUCCAGCUGAUGAUUUGUCCCUGUCUGAAGGAGCUUCUGGAAGUGGGAAAAGGGAAUCUGGUUGUGUGACAGCAGCCCUUGGCAACACAUGGAGUCACAGCGUCAAUACGAGGAUCAUACUACGAUAUCGUGACUUGCUGACAAGACAGCUCCUGGUUGCUAAAUCCCCUGUUGCUCCAUUCUCUGCCUUUUUCUACACUAUUGAGAAAUCAGGCUUGGUUCUUCAAGACAGACAACCAACCCCAGGCAAUGGCAGAGCAUGAUGAGGCAAGUACAGCAGCACUGGGAGUGGAGGGACUGCAUGAGUAGAGAACUGGGACCACGUCACCUGACCAGGCUAUACUCUGCAUCAGCAAGUCUACAUCCUCCAGGAUGUCUCCCAGAGGAUCUAUCUUCUCCUUGCUUCAAUAAUGAGUUACAGUCCCUUCUGUAGAAGAACUAGAAUGGGGUCAAAGGAGAGUAUUUCUCUAAGAACUUUAAUGAAAGCCCAUUCAGUACAGCUCACUGAAUAGAGGUUUUAAUGGGUAACUCAGAUUAAAAUAGUAAUCUAUUCCUACUCACAGUUAACUCCCCUGGAAUGAGAACAAGCAGCACAUUCUAAUGGGUAGAUGAUACUGGUGGAAACUAGGAGUUCCUUAGUUCUAAUGUUCACUCAGCUCUGGACUCGUUGAGUGACAGUGGAUAACAUGGGGAAACACUUUCAGCUAGUGGGUAAUAAUAUUGAAGUACUUUGUGAAAAUGUGUGGGACAAUUAGCAUCUGCUAAUGAAAGAUACCAGUUUCCAUAUUUCUGCUAAUUUGUGACAGUGCAUCAUACUGCAUAGUGUAAAAGAGAUCUGUUAAAUUAACUAAACAGAUGAGGUCCCCUCAUGUCCAUGC